AUGAAUAAGAGUUAUGAUGAUAUUGAAUGUACUCUUCCUAGAAUUGGAGAGAAAUGUACAUUAGAGUAUUUCUAGAAUAUAGAAUAAGCUGAAGAAAUCUGUCACAAAAAAGGUAAUCAAAUUUAUCAUCCAACUAGAAAGUUAAAUUUAAAAAGACAUUUUAAUUGAAGAAAUGAAAUAGAAUCCAUAAGCAUUCUUCAAUUUUAAUUUUACUGCUGAUGAUUAUUAUCUUUUCCUUGUCAAAUAUAGUAUGAUGAGAGCUGAAAGACAAGUGAUUGAAUAAGAAUUUACAAAAUAUUUAAAAGAAAAGAAAAUGUUGUUGGAAUGAA